AUGGCACGAGCGUCGUUUUGUUUGCCAUUGGCACUGGCUUAUCUAUUUUUAGCCAGUGUGGUGCCAUCAUAUGCUCAAAAUGAGGAGACUGAUCAACCGGAGCUGCUGUACGACGUGCGCGCCAACUUCACGCUGCGCUGCGAACUGCCCAAUGAUAACAGUUUAGCUUAUGUGUGGACGAAGAACGAUACCAAUGUUGUGGACAUAUGGGAUCUGAAGGAUCGGUACAAGUUGGAGCACGGUGGUGCGGAGUUCAUUGUUCCGCGAAGUGUAGAAGAUGAUUUCGGUAAUUACACGUGCGGGCUCAGUGGCACAGAGGCUGUUCAGCGUUGGGCAGUUCGUGGUCGCGCCUUCACCAAGCUGCCGGCCAACACUAACGUUGUGGAGGGACAGAAACUCAAGUUGCAGUGCAAGGUGGUGGGCAAGCCGUACCCGCGCGUGGUGUGGACGUUCAGCAACGCGUCGGAGGGCGAGAACGCGAGCGACGUGCGCGCGCUGCUGGGCGAGCGCGUGACGCUGCGGCGCAGCGCGCAGGGCGUGGAGGACGGCGAGCUGCUGCUGGACGCCGUGCUGCGCUCCGACGCCGGCCUGUACUCGUGCGCCGCGCCCGUGGGAGCGGCCGGCGCCGCCAACGUGGCGACCACCACGCUGCGCGUCAAGGACAUGUACGCGGCGCUGUGGCCGUUCCUCGGCAUCUGCGCCGAGGUGUUCGUGCUGUGCGCCAUCAUCCUCGUGUACGAGAAGCGCCGCACCAAGCCCGACCUCGACGACUCCGACACCGACAACCACGACCAGAAGAAGUCGUAA